AUGUCGUCGACCUCGCAGACCCCCCUCCGGUUCACUUCCCAUAAGAAUUUCGUGUAUCGCCUGGUUUUCGCGACCUUGACUGGCCGAACCGUUCAUAUCUCUCAGAUCCGCCCUUCAUCUGAUAACCCCGGUCUGACGCCGUACGAAAUUUCAUUCCUCCGCCUGCUGGAGGCCGUCACUAAUGGAUCGCAAAUGGAAAUCUCCUACACCGGAACAAUUCUUGUUUAUAAGCCGGGUCUAAUCACGGGCAGCGCGACCGGUACCGGUGCCAACAGCAGUGGUGUCAUCAAGCAUGAGCUCCCGGCUGGGUGCACUCGCGGUGUCAGCUACUAUCUUCUGCCUCUUUGCCUUCUGGCGCCCUUUUCCAAGGCUCCUAUGAGAGUGCUUUUUACGGGUCCUGGUGUGAUUACGUCGUCUACGCCAACUGGCGAUAUGUCGGUGGACAGCGUGCGCACGGCCAUCCUACCUCUCUACAACCAAUUCGGGAUCUUCAACAACAUCGAGCUUCGGGUGCUUCGACGAUCCAAUCCGGGUCUGCAUGGUCGCGGUGGUGGUGGAGAAGUUCAGUUGGUCUUUGGUCACCAAGUCCGCCUGCCGAAGACCCUGCACCUGAUGAAUGCCGGCAAAAUCAAGAGGGUUCGCGGCGUGGCUUAUUCCGUCGGCGUUUCAGGCUCCAACAACGCACGAAUGAUCGAAACUGCUCGUGGGAUCCUGAACCCUUUGUCGCCGGACACCUACAUCUUCUCUGAUAUGUCACCCGCGCCACUUGUGCCUGCUCCCGAGAAGAACAACGCGUCGGCGAAAAAGAAGGUUGGGCUUGGAUUUGGGUUGUCGCUAGUGGCCGAAUCAUCAACAGGCUGUCUAUUUUCCGCGGAUGUCGCGUCUCCGCCUUCGGGUGGCCAACCGCCUGAGGACAUCGGAAAACAGUGCGCCUAUCAGUUGCUGGAGGUUAUCUCCAAAGGCGGCUGCGUCGCCCCGGCCGCCGUUCCCACGAUGUUGGGCCUGAUGACGAUGGGAUCGGAGGACGUCGGCCGCAUUCAAGUCGGUCGCGACGUGAUUGCCGACGAGAGCACCAUUCAGCUGGCCCGCGAUCUGUCCAAAUUUGGUGCGCCUGGUUGGGGACUUCGCGAUGCUGCCGGAGAAAACGAGAAUGGCGACGUCAUUAUCAGCGUGGUCGGACGAGGAAUUGGCAACGUCGGACGUAAAGUCGCCUGA